ACUCGAGUCGAGCGCAACACAGUCAACGGUUGAGCGCGGGACCGUUUGUCUGCGUGCGCUCUUGGAGAGUGUUUCAUCACUUUCAACGGCUUAAAUAUGCUUACGGACGUCGGUAUCGACUCGUCGACCACGUUCGCACGUCAUAUUCCCGGAUUGGCGUCAUGAAAAGCCGAAAACAGGGCUCGGUCAAAGCCGCCGGGCUCACGAAGCCGAAAGCCCUGUGCGAUGUGCCGGCCUCCACCAGCCUGCCCCCCCUCGUGGAAGGAGAGCUGCGCGGCUUCCUGCGCGUGACCGUGAGCCGUCUGCGCUGGAGCGUGGCCAGGCCCCCGCCGGUGACGCGGGUGCGUCUGCGCUGGUGGGGGGAGUCGUCGGACGGCACGCUCUUCAUCCCCCGGGAUGACGCGUCUCCCUCGCACGGGAGCGUCAAAACCACGGCGCGCUUCCCCGUGCGCUGCGGCACCAAGCAGCUCACCUCCUACCUGGCAGAUAUGGGCAACUUGGUGCUGGAAGUGUUGAGCGAGCAAGAUUGUCUUCCCGUCGCACACGCUCGAGUGCCGGACAUCUCUCGCCUCUCCCAGUCGCAGCCCAUCACCGGAUUUUACGCCCUGGUGUCACCCGCCUCCAAGAAGCUCGGCCAGUGUGAGGUUUCGCUCCAAUUGGAGCCUGUGGCCGGAGCGUGCCGCAAGCGCAAAUCCGGCACCGAUUUAAGCAGCAACGUUCCUCACGUGGCCACCCUUGACAAGGCUCCGCCUCCCGCCACCGACAAAUCAUACGUGAGCAGCGGUGGAAACGCGUUCAGAGGGAAAGAUGGCCCGCAGACGCAUCGAGAUGAGACCGUGGAGAACUUCAAGUUGCAAGCAAACGGUCAAAAAGAGGACGCUCGGCCGAGAAAUGACAUCCUGUCAGUCAUUUUGGAGCGUGGCAGCAAACUUCGGGACGCUAUGCUUGUGUCAGCGUUGAAAAGCGACAUGGACGCUGCCCCGGUUCUCAAAGACCUCCAACUGCCUCUGCAGAGGGACAACGCCAGAGCGCCUUCCAUCCCCUCCGAAGUGGUCCUUGAAAAGAUCCCGCACGCCCAGGCCGACGACGAGGUCGGAGACCGCCGCCGCCGCCUCGCUUCUUCGCCUGACCUGGACCUCAGAGCUGUGGAUCUCCUCCUCGGCAGGUCGAAGACUCCGCCUCCGUGGCAGGGCGAGGGCUCCUUCCCCGACACUCUGUCCAUUCACAGCAGCGCGAGCGGAGACAGCGAGCUUGGCGACCCGCAGUACGAUCACAGCUUGCUGGAAAAUCUCUUCUACAAAACCCCCAUGUCAGAUUUGAGAGCAGACGAGGCAGCUGCCGACGGCCAAGGGCAGACCGAGAGUCUGUCGGCGACAGCCAAACAGUUGAGGCCGCCUGCGUCCACGACGGGCGACGACGUCGCCGCGGAGCUUCGAGGUGCCUCGACGGAUAUCGGCACUCCUCUGAGUCAGGAGCGGCUGACCUUUCUGAGUUUCAUGCGACUGGUCAAAGUGACCGUCUGCUCGCUGAGCGUGCCGGCGUGCUGCGCCAGCCCCCCGACCGAGAAGCCCCCGAGCAAAUCUCCUUUGCUGUUACGUCGAAAGAAGUGCACCUACUUUGUGGAGUAUAGCUUCCCCAAGACUUCCUCCUCGGGUCGACACGGCCGAAGCGCGGUGCCAGGGGUGGAGGUGACCAGAGCCGCUUCCAGUAACGUCACAGAAGGAGUGGUGAGCUUCAAUCAGCUCUCUGUGUUUCCCGUCCGCUUCAGCAAAACCACGGUGGAAGUCUGGUGGUCAACCGAGCUCCUUUUUCGAAUUUACGUCCGAAAAAAUGACCAAAAGAAAGCCGUCGUCAUGGGAGAGGCCUCUCAUCCGCUGCGAUGUCUGCUGCAGAGCCAACGGCUCAGCCAGUCGCUGGCGCUGCCGGUGCGCACCGUGGACGGCGCUCUGCGACAACUCUGUCUUCUCAAGGUGCUGCUCGAACUUUCGACCAGCAACAGAGACUCUGAAAUGUGUGAGAAAAGAGAGGAUUCGUCCACUCGCUCCACACAGAGUCCACCUCGGGAGUCCUCGCAAUGCCUCGAGUUUUGCUCGGAGGAGCCGGCCGCUCGCUCUUCGGAAGACUCGGCCCCGAACGUUCCUCCCGGUCGACGCUCGGCGGUCACCCUUCCCCGCGCGCGCUGCGCGGAGGAAGCGCCCGAGGUCCUGCUGCACACGCUGCUGAUGGUGCCGGACGGCAAGAACUUCACCGGUGGGCCGGCGCAGGCCGUCAACGUGUAUUUGAACUGCAAGAUGUUCUGGUGUGACGAGGUGGCCAGGUCUGUGGUCAGCUGGGGACGCGCCAACCCUUCUUUUAACUUUGUCCAGGUAACUCCCGUGGCUUUGACGGCGCACUUACUGGAGCGGAUGAGGAACAACGUGAUGGUGAUCGAAGUUUGGCAGAAGACGGGCGGCUCCGGCCACGAGGGACUCCUCGGUCUCGUGAAGCUGCCUCUACACCAGUUCUACAUGUCCUUCAGGGAUCCAAAGAUCGCCCAGCUUCUUCUGCAGGCGCAGUACCCCGUUUUAGGGGUGGACUGCUACAUGCCGGUGGUGGACGUGUUCUCGGGUGGCUGCCGAGGCAGCCUCCGGGUCACGCUGGCCAUGGGCCUCUGCGAGCAGGUGCUCGCCCUGCAGCGCGCCAGAGACGAAGAGGGCGAGACGCCGGGCCGCCCGCCCCUCAGACCCCUUGGCCUGCUCGAGCACCAGCCCGGCCUGCCCGCUAAGGCGGCAGGCUACUUCCGGGCGGGGGACUCGAGCGCUGCCUCUCUCGCCUCACGGGCACGAGCGAUGACCGAGCACGUGUUCACGAUCAGAGUGGAAAAGGUGACGGGCCUGACUGCCCUGCAGUCGACGGUGUGGGGGGAGGCCGACUGUUACGUCCAGUACGCCUUCCCCUGCCAGGAAGGCGCCGAUGUAGACGCCGCGCUCCACGAGUACAACACGGACCUGAAGCCUUUUCGCACCACCACCACCUUGUGCGUGCCCGACCCAGUGUUGGGCCACACGGAGACGCACGCCCUCUUGGCUCCUGAAGGCGUUCCCGUUCAGAAGCUCCUGCUCAGCUCUCUUUCCAGCCAGGGUCUGAGCGGCGGCGGGGGUGUCCAUUUUGAAGUGCGGUGCAGAUACUAUUAUCCCAAUGUGCGAGAGCAGCUGGUGGCCAAAGGGAUUUUGCCCUUGUCCAAGCUGUGCGCCAUGGUCACCAUGCAGGGACAGCAACCUUCCGCCGAGGCCCGGAUGUUCUCCAUAGCCCUGCUCCCCACAGCGGACGACUUGGCGGCACAUCAGCCUGUACCCUCUGGCCUCCUGGACGUGUGCGUUCGCUACAACUACCGGCCUGCGAGAGCGGACGCGCCCGCCGCCAGAGGAGCCGCCUCCUGUCCUGUGACCCUCGUGCUUCGAGUGCACAGAGCGUGCGGUUUGCAGGCAGCGGCCAGAGCCGUAGCCCAGCACGACGAAAGGUACGACUACUUUGCCAGCGUGGGCGUCAACUCCUACGUGAGCGUCCGCUUGUCCUUCUUGCCCGACCACGAGCCCACGUGCACCCGCGUGGCCGCCAGGACCUUCUACCCCGAGUUUGAGCACCUGGCCGAGGUGCGCUGCCACGUGCUGGUCCCCAAGAGCGGCGGUGAAACCUGCAGCCUGGCCGAGCAGCUGGCCGAAGCUUGGGCCGUCUUCGCCGUCUGGAAUAAAGACAGCCGCCGAGGUGCGACUUGCAGGCCUCCAGAUGUGAUGUUGGGCACAGUGAAAAUCCAGCUGGUGGACCUCCUGCGGAAAACCACAGGUAUUUCCGGCUGGUUCGGCAUCUCCGCUGCCCGGGAAUCUCCUCAAAGUCAGCACGCGUCGGUCGGCGGCUUGGAGAUCUCCAUCGGCUUCGCCCACCACUCGGAGCGGGAGCGGCUCAUUCGCGUGGCUCGGGAUUUGGGCUGGGAUCCCACCCGGGCUCAGGUGGACUCUGACGAGCUGGGCGCCUGGGAGCUGAGCGCCAGGAAGUUAUCCCUGACCUUGUCCGUACCCAGAGCCUGGGUACCGCUCCGCUGCCUGCUCCUGCCGGGCCACGACUCCCUGCAGCGCUCCACCUACUGUUACCUCCGUUACAAGUUCUACGAGCACGAGGCCUUCUGCUCGCACAUGAAGCACCCGUGCGCCGGCGAGGCGACCGAGGGCGACCGGGCCACCGUGACCUUCCAGGGGAGUCGCACGCUGGAGCUGAUGAGCUCGCAGCCGCUCUUGUGGUACCUUCGAGAGGAGAGGCUGGAGGUCCAGGUGUGGGUGGCUUUCCAGAAGGACAAAGGCCAGAGGCCCCGAGACACGGACCGCCUGCUGGGCUCCGCCUUUGUCGAUCUGUCCUCGCUCGCCAAGGCUCACGGGCACAAGUUGACUCUCAGUGGCGUGUAUCCGCUGUUCAGGCGCUCGGCGGCAGACCUGCAGGGCGCCGCGCUGCGGGUGCACAUCAGCCUGACCGCCGACGGUCACUUUCCGACGGCGGAAGACCCCCCGGCGGACUCCGACAGCCAGGAAGAAACCUUAGUCGAGGAGCCGGCAGCGCCGCCGCCGCCAACGGUGUCGCCAACGGUGUCGCCAACGGUGCCGCCAACGGCACCGCCGCCGCCAACGGCACCGCCAACGGCACCGCCAACGGCACUGCCGCCGCCGCCUCAACCGACGCAAAGCCAAACCACCCAAGAUGACGCCUCGUCGCGCGCGGCCCAAGUGAUGAGUGACGACUUGUCGUUCCCGGUCACGCUUGCCGUGCACGGGGCCAAGAACCUCAGUCUAAAUGGCGAGAGCGGCGAAGGGACGCUACGCUGCUACGUCUCGUACGUCGUCGCCGACUCGGCGGCACCCGUAUCCACGGCCGUGGCGGCCCAAACCGACCGGCCCGUGUGGGACCACCAACACGACUGCCGGCUGUCCAAGCGGCUCCUCCUCGACCCUCAACAGAGCUUGGUGUUCAAAGUGUGGCACAAAGGCGGCGCCGAAGCGGAGCGGGCCAUCGGUUUCGCCUCUGUCGACCUGACCCCGUUGCUGUGCGGCCUGCGCUCGCUGUGCGGCUGGUACAACGUCACCGACUUCAGCGGCCAUUGCCGCGGCCAGCUCAAAGUGAGCGUCCGGCCGCUGGAAUGGGUGCAGGACCUCCGAGGGCAGAGGAAAGCGGACGCCGAGCCUUCGUCGCAGUCGGUGCCUCGCACUUACCGGACCAGCGCCACCUACAGCAGCUUCCCUUCCCACAUCAGUCGAUACCCCGAGCAGCACAUCUCCUCACCCGAGCACGUGGACGCCGUCUUUCCCCAAAGCUCGGCGCCCAGUGAGAGCGAGCGCCACCACGAGCACAUGCAAAAGGUGCGUCUUCAUCAUCGGAGCCUUCAAGAGCAGGCCGGCCUUCACUCGGGCAGCGGCGAUGAGCUCACCCGCUCCAGCUCUCUGCUCUUCUCCACAAUCAGCGGUGAAGUUAAACCAAGCAUCUCAACACGCAGGAAGAUUAUGAGCGAGCAAGACAACGUCCAGAGAUAUUUCAGCAGCAAGAUUGCGCCGCCCGCCUUCCCGACGGCCUCGGAGCCAGACGAGCGGGAGUCCGACGAGGGUGACGCGCCGCGGCUUCUCGUCACGUCCCGACGCGAUGUUGAAGGUCAAAGCCAAGAAGCCAUUUGCUCCGUCCUCCAUAGUAGGUCAGCCAAAGAGCAGCACGCAGACGCGAGCUCCAGCCCACGCGCCGCUUCCUCCCGCCUGCCGUCGUUUCCGGCAUCUCAGUCUGAGGAAACGGAGAGCGAGGAAGCGGAAACCACCGACGGCGAUGGGGAAUGUCCAUCACGGUGCAGCAGCAGCGACGAGGAGGAGGAUUACGAGGAAGUGGUGGUGGAGCCCAGGCGUUUGAAUGAGCUGCCCAUUUCCACCCAUAAGACCGCUUUGCAGAAUAGCGUCACGUCACACCCGGACCAGAGUCGGACCAAAUCCGGCGGGGGACAAGAAGCCGUCGCUCGUGACCGCCCCCCCGACAGCAUGGACGAGUCAUCGGAGGACGCCUCGAUCUCUCCGAGCGAGGACGACGCGGUGGGCGCACCGCCCAAACAAGUCUCGCUUCCCAACUUUUUCCUGCCCUCUCAGCAGCUGGAGGCCUCGCUGAGAGUGGUACGCUUGGCGCCCUCCUUCUCCAAUUCAUCCGGCGACACAGAGCGCGGUCCGACUCCGCCUCAAAUUCCUCGCAGGGGUCCUCGGCACUGUCCCGACAUGUCGCCCACUUCCAGGAAGAGGCAGACGGAACGGUUUGCCCGAAUCUGCGCCGCUCGCUUGGACGACGACGAUGACGACGACUAGCACGUGUCGCAAGAUUGUGUGCGUGUGUUUUUAUGUAUAGAAAUGGCAGCUUGGGCGGGCUGCUAUAAAGUAAGUGCCGCACAAGGCGCCAGACCUGCACCCGGCCGGCCGGCUGGCCGGCUCUCCAAGGACCUCCCUGCAGACGCUAGUC